GAUAGUCUACAGUCUUCAGUACAGAACCGUUGGCCACAUUAUCACCGAAUGCCAUGAUGUUAAGACAUAUUGUUCUUGGGGUUCUCUUGUCCUCUCGUGCAUUUGGUCUCAUCGCACCUCUGACAAAUUCCGGUGGGGAGACAGAUAUUGCUAACUUAGUGAGCCAUGUGACCCUGCUGGAACAGUUGGUACAGAAACUUCAAGCAGACCAGACAUCAACAACAACACAGAUGGUGGCCACACAGUCUCAACUGAAGGGAGCAACUGCUGACCUGAACGCCGUCAAAACAGAGCUCCACGCAGCACAAGCAGAGCUGGGCGUAGUCAAGUUUCAACUGAGUAAACUGCCCACGUCCAUCGAGCUGAAUGACCUUGUGACUAAACUCCACAGCACCGCCAGUGCCUUAAAUGUCACGAAUCAGGACCUUGCUUCUGUCAAACAAACAGUUUCCAGCAUAGCACAAAACAAUGAAGUCGCUGCAUACGAAGUUCGACUGUCUGCCCAGAUUAGACCUGCAUUAAACACUGUCAUCAAGUUCGACGAUGUUCAGUACAACCACGGGGGUGGCUUCAACGCGACGACAGGCGUCUUCACUGCUCCCCUCGCCGGGACAUACAUACUGUGGGCCAACAUGAUAGCAUAUGACUACUCCGACUCUCUGGGCAUCUCGCUGUACAAGGGGUCGGAAAGGAUCGCCCGAGCAUGGGGCGAGAACCCCUCGUCUGAGAAGAAUGAAGAUGACACCUUGAUCCUGACGGUGGUGUAUCUGGAUUUGGGGGACCAGACAUGGUACAUUAGAGACGCGGGAACGGCACGGAUCGAGGGAGACUACUCCAGCUACGGCGGGGCACUUCUACAGGCCCACAGUUAGAAUCUCAUCAGAUUUCCACUGUUGUCUGAAGGCACGUGGGCCCCUGUCAUUGUAAAACUGAAAAGUGCGAAGUAUAUCAUCGUGAUGCAAUUACUAACCCGAUCCCCCAUAACCAGUAAGAGACCCGCCAAUUAGCGAUACUUGCGAAGCAAUAUAUUCUUAGUGUAACACACUAACCUAUCUCAAGUGAAAUACAAGUUAUUCAACUUUAGUGCUUCAUUAUCUCCAAGUACCUAUAAAUGUCUUCAUAGCUUUUGAGAUUGUUUAGAUUACAAAUGUUCUGCAUAUUCAUUUUAAUAUAGAUCUGGCUCCGUAUUAUAUCUGAUACUGACGACAAUAACAUAUAUUUAGGCACCUUAUAUUCUCGUGAAGCAAUAGAUAAAUCCACACACAGUUGCGGGAUGGUUCUUAGAUUCGCUGAUGGUUUGAUAAGUUACAUAAUACGGCACUCAGUGAUGAACGUAUUAUCUAUGUUCAUAAGUAACAAAGCUCUGUAAAUCAAAUAUCGCCCCAGAAAGUCAAUCUCAGUGUGAACUCCAGCAGGAUCGAUGAUACAUAAGCUCGAACAAUAUGUAAUAUUAUCAUGCCUCAAGUCGAGAUUGACCAAUCGGAGAACAUAACUACUGACCCAAUAUGAGCUCGAAUACCCUCAAUAAUAAUCUAAGAUGGUUGUUACUGACCUAACAUGAGCUGUAAACCGUCAAUAACAGCCAUCUUGGAUUUGGAUUGGAUACUUCACAUGAAAUGCUUGUACAGAAAUUCGCUAUUCGACACAGUUUUGUGGUUUGAUAUUAAUUGUGAUGUGCAAGGAUAUUAAUCAAAACAAUAAAAAAAUUAUUGUUA